GGCUGAGUGAGUGGUGAGUGAGUGAGUGGCUGAGUGAGUGAGUGGCUGAGUGAGUGGUGAGUGAGUGAGUGAGAACUGAAGACAGAGACACGGAGCCACGGAGGAGCGACAGAAGCAUGGCCCAUUAUUCGCGAGGCAACCAAACGGUGAAGCUGAUUCGCUGGGAGAAGCCCGUUCUGAAGACGAUCCUGAGCCGGGACGUCUCGUUCUUCCUCGACGCGCUGGACCGGCACGAAUUCAUCACGAGGCCCAUUUACCACCGCGCCAAGGACAUGCCGGUCCAGGAGGACAGCGCCAACUUCAUCCUCGACCACUUCAUCGACGGCGGGGAGACCGCAUGCCAGAAUCUGCUGAGCGUCUUAAAGGAAAUCCACAAGCACUACCCACCGCUCAAGGACUGGUUGGACAGGCUGUCACCUCCAGGUGAAACGAAUUCGGUGACGUUCUUCCAAAUCCUCCACGAGCUCAACCUGAGCCAAUGCUACGGGGACAAGAUGCAACGGGGCGACGAGGACAAGAUGCAACGGGCCGACGAGGACAAGAUGCGAUGGCGCUACGGGGACAAGAUGCGACGCCGCGACGUCGUCACUCUGAGCAGGCGGCGCAAGCAUCCCAGCUCGCUGGAGGAGGUCGCGCGACACUUUGUGCAGGACGUGAUGAUGACGAACCCCGAGUCCCGGAGCGCCAGCACCGCCCGCGCCGCGCGCAGGGCCAGCUCCGCGAGCGCCAGCGACAGGAUCUCGGACGGCUUCAUCAACCCGCUGGAUCUGGAGGUCGCGGUCCUGCUGUGCGCCGACCACCCGCUGCAGGACGACCUGAUGCACAAGAUGUCCGCGUGCCGCUUCGCGCUGCCCCUGCUGCUGCCCGACGCGGGACGGGGGGUCGUCACGCUGAAGCUGUGCGCCGCGCGGCACGUCGCGAGGCAGUGGAGGGGUUGGCAGAUCUCGACGCGGCGGACAGGUUGGCGGGACGCCCGCGGCGACGGGCGCUCCCCGGCGCUGGUCCUGCGCAUGCCGUGCGUGGCGUUCGCUCGCUUCGGCCGCGGCGGUGGCGGCUCCAAAUCGGAGCUGCUCAACUUGAUCGUCGGCGGUCGGGGCCACGAGGCGUUCGUCCACCGCGACACGGCGCAGGGCGACGUGCCCCGGGUGGUUGCCGACGGGCUGGUGGAGAUCUCGCCGUACUUCCCGGGCGCCGAGGCGGACGCGGAGGAGGAGGAGGACGCUCGGAGCCCCUUCUGCGCCCUGAACCUGCGCGGCGACGCCGCCGACAGCCGCCUCGAGAGGCAGUUCGGCUUUCUGCGGGCGGCGUCCGUCGCGACGUUCCUCUUUGUCGGCGGCGACGUCGUCCGGAAGAGCGCGGAGCGUUGCCGGGCCUUGCUGGCGGGCGCGGCGACGCCGGUGUUCCUGCUCACCGACUUCGAGGACGGGGAGGACGCCGAGUCGGCGGUGAGCGGCAUCCUCUCGACGCUGCCGGGGACGAAGGUCGCGGACGUCAAUCGGCGCGGCCAGAACAAGGCCUCCUUCGCGAGCAGACUGCGCUCCAAGAUCGCCACCCUGCUCGCGAACACGCGGACGGCGGGCAGCACGCCCGCGGAGAUGGAGCGCCUCGCCCGGGAGCGGGGCAUCCAAGUCGACGGCUGGCCCGGCUCGCCCGCGGCCGACGAGGUCGUGUCCGAGGUGGCCGACCUCGGCGUCGCCCUCUACAAGCGGGAGCGCCUCCCCCGCCAGGGCGGCAAGCGGCCGAGCCGCCCGGGGCGGAGGGACGACCCCCGCCUCGGCGUCCGCGCGUCCGGGGCUCGGCUCGCCGCGCCCACGUUUCUGCGGCGGCUCCUGGAGGAGCCCGCGGACGACCCCGCGGCCUUCCUGCGGCGGCUGGCCGUCGAGCUGGACGAGCGCUCCGCCGUCGUGCUGUCGCUCGCCGGGCGGGACGAGGCCGCGCGGGACAGCUGCCUGGGAGCGGAGCACUUCCUGCGGGAGGUGGCGUGGGCCUACGAGGCGGCCUACGAGGCGGCCUACAAGGCGGCCUACGAGGCGGCCCGCGGCGUCGUCGGCGGCGUCUCGGGCGACGACGACGACGACUUGCGGCGGGCGCCGGAGAUCGGCGCCCGGCUGCUCCUGAGCGGCUCCCCGCUGGAGCUGGUGGACGUCGACGGGGGCAGCGUGCCCGCCAAGUGGCUCGCCGACGUCCUGGGGGCGGCGGGCCGCGAGCUCGGGGACCCGACGGUCUUCGUGCUCUCGGCGCUGGGCCCCCACCGCGCCGAGACGUUCGCGCUGCUCAACACGACGCUCGGCUCCCGCUUCCCGGCGGGCGGCGGCGGAGCGGGCGGGGGGGCGGUCCGCGGAGCCUUCGCGACGCUCGUGGCCGUCGAGGGGGGGGGCGACGCAGCGGCGGCCCCCGGCUACGUGCUCGCCGUCAGCGUCGAGGGGCUGGCGUCGCCCGGGCCGGCGAGCCCCGAGCGCGACGGCGAGCUGGUCGCGUUCGCGAUCGCCGUGAGCCACGUCGCCCUCGUGAUCCUGGAGGGGAACGCGGGGGGGGAGGACUCCCUGGAGGGCGACGUCGUCCGGGCGCUCCUCCGAACGGGGGGGAGGCAACGCAAGGAAGCCGCCUGCAUCUUCGCGAGGGAGCGGGCGCUGCUAAAGCGGUUCGCCGCCGUGACCCUGGCGGGCAAGGAGGGCGACGAGGGCUCGCGCGGUCGUCUUGCGGACGUCGUGGGGCACUCCGAGAACUACUUGUACCUGCCAAGCCCGUGGCACGGGACUCCGCCGAUGGCCGCGGUUAGCGCCGAGUACGUUCAGGGCGUGCGGCACCUGAGGAGCCGUCUGAUGGAGCGCGUGCAACGAGUCGCGGCGCCGGGGAGGGUGAGGCUGUCGACGCUGGCGCGGCUGGUAGAGCAGGCGUGGAAUGACGUGAAGAGGGAGGGAGCUCUUUCCACGGACACAGACGGCUCGUAG